AUGACGAAUACACCGUCUCCCUCAUCAUCAAGCAGCUCGUCGGUGGUGCCUUCCAAGCGAAAGUGGACCAGUAAGACAAUGAAGACCUGGGUCGCUACAGAUCCAUCAUCAACGGAACCUAACGUACAUCACGGGGACAAGAGAUCCGCGGCUAGGGCGGAGAAAAUAAGGAAGAUGAAGGAAGAGCGCGCCGCCGCUCAACGCGCUCCUCCGAAGUACCGCAUGAUACAUCCGCCGCCACCGCGGCCUGCGCAGACCCCAACAACGCCUGCAUUCUCUCUGAAUAAUCUAAUCCCCUUCGACGACGAAUACAAGAAGGAACAUGAUGAGUAUUACGCGACUGCGUAUAGCGAGGGCGGUUCACCUCCCACAAAUGAUGUCGGUAAACCGUCGCUCUGCUCAUCGACGAGGACCGGCUCUCAAAUACCAUACGAGGCGGCAGACGCGUCGGCAGAAACCGGAUACGCAUACCCUACGAAUCGAAUUGAGGGGCAUGCAGACGGGGCCAGCACCAUGAAUGGAUACAGCGAGGACGUCGACAUGCAGCCUGCCACCACAGAUGGAAGAAGUCAGGCCGAGAACAAAGGGGAUACCGGGGGAGACAUGGACAUCGACGACGUCGAAGAGAUCAACACGAACUCGCUACACGCCCCGUCACAUACGAAGGACUCAGUGGGGACGGAUAUAGGGGGGGUUACUGGCAUUCACUCGAACGAUAGGAGUGACGGACGUGCUCUUCGAAUGCGGAGUCAGCCCCGCACUACCAAGGACGCGACGACGCUCACGACCCAGACGGAGAACAUGCAGGAGUCCUACCCCGCUUCAGCACCGUGUGGUGAAGCUACGUACGCCGAUGCAGGUGUUCAGACGACGCCUCCCCCGCCUCCGCCUGCACUUCGCGACGCAUCCACCACGACGGCGGAUGUCAGGGAAGAUUCACACCAGUCAGUUAGUCGUCGCAACGCAUCCACCACAACAUUGGACUUCGUGCAAGAUCCUCAAGCGAACAAGAACGCGCAUGGAUCAUCAGUAAUGGAUCUGAUGGCAAGCGAGCGUCAAUGCGGAGUCGCGAACGUCUGCACCUCAACCAACAUGGAGCGGACGAAGGACAAGUUCAACGAGGGGUGGAGGCGAUUCGGGCCUCAAGGGAGGGACAUAAGCGGCUACGUACCACGCUAUCCCCACACACCUACAGUGACCUGGCCGACGCAGCUAGUGACAACCACGCCUUACAUUCCAGACCUUCGCAGGGGAAAGAGCGGGAGAAACAAACUGAAAUGGGAUCGGACGUACGUCAACAACAUCGCCAAGAAGUUCAAAAGCUCUAGAGACAGACCGGACCUAUGCGUUCACGCAAAGUUCACGACGUUAGACGCAGCAUUCGAGCUCAUCGACAAGUGCAACGUGAAUGGUGUGCCCCUGGUGUUUGACGACUUCCCGGACUCUGCAAGGUGGGCGUUCGCGGCGUCGAAGGUAGAUGAGGACCCUUUUAUGAAGCCGGUCACCUGGUCUACCAAUCGUAUACGCGGUGUGGUGGGCGCGAACCUGGAUACUCCGCGCGACUUUCAAGACGCGGCACUUAGAGAAGCGAAGCCGAUGCGGCCAUACGUGACAGCGACGCUGCGCGAGUUUCACACCUGGCUGAAGAUGCCGGGUAAAGUGCGCUGCAUCCUGGACCUGACGUGCGGCUUUCGCCAAGCGGACCAGGUGACGGAUAAGUUAGCCGACAACGUCGUCGAGUCGUUCUCGUCCACAUUCGGAAACAUGUACGCUGGCCACUUCGACAUCGCGGCCGACGUCAUGAAGACCCUAGACUGGUUCUUGCUUCACACGGCGGGUUUCCUAACAUUCGGCCACAUCGACGCGAGCGGAAUGGCAACGUCCGCGGAGAUUCGAGGGGCAGGUUUGAAGGAAUGGAUCGUAUUCUCAGCUACGAAUAUGCCUCAACCAAAGCGAGGAGAUACGAGGCAGGAAAGGAGACGCAUCCGAUCGCGCCUCAUCCAGCGCAUACGGGACUUAAUCACCGCCGCGUCCUCAGACGAUCUCAAGCCGCAGAAGAAACGAGAAGGCGACGCAGACUGGGAUGUCGACGGUUGCGUCAUUGAGCUCAGGCCCGGAAUGAAGUACUAUCAGCCAGCCGGAACGGUACACGCUGCAUACACACCUGUUCCAACCGCCGCGGCAGGGAAGCACUUCUUCACUUACAAUGAUCUUCACCGCAUGGAAGUGUCGCGCAGGGUGCAGCUAUCGAAGGAAAGCGUGACGAACCACGACCACAACUGUGGCGUUCAACUCAUGCUGAUCACCAUGGCUGCGGCUCUGCCCGUCAGAGCGACGACUGGUCAAGGUGAUGUGAUACGGGUGCUCCUCAAAGGCCCAUUCGCUAACCACAAUCAUUCAGUGUUCUUCCGGAAGCCAAUGAUCGCUUUGGCGUUGAUGCUCGUCCGUCCGCAAGAUUAUAUGCGCAAGCCCGAACGUCUCGAAGACGAUGAGGCUGCCCCAUCGCCUACGUCCCAGAAGAAGAGGUCAGCAUCGGUUUCGAAUAAAGAAGACGGGAAAGUCAAGGCGGCAGAGGCGCUGAGGGCCGAGCGGAUCGCCGAGUACAACAUGACGCAACGCUUGCGCUCCGACAAAUGGGCGGAGGACGGCACCGCAUUCGACCGACUUGCGUACACGGUGGCUAGGAAGAUACUCAUCGCGUGUAAGACCAAAUACCCCGGCGACGCGAAGGCGCAGCUCCCAGGGCGGGAGUAUAUUUUCGAAGGCAGUCGAUGGGACGAUCCGGGUCCUCCGCUGGACGUGCGCGAGCUGACGGAUGAUUUGCGGACGACACACGUUGACGAUGUUGUGAAUGACGCCGGCGGAGACGAGGACAGUGAGGGAGAUGAUUCAGAGUCGGAGGUUGGAUCGGAGAGCGACUUGACGGACUUAGAGUAG